ACAAAAAUUCACUGACAUUUCGACGCUUGCAUGUCGCCAAAAAUGAACGAAAAAAGUGCCCGAAAAGCGCAAAAAAACAUUUUGAAAAGCGACAAGAAGAAGAAAAGACGCAGAAAAGAGAGUUACGCGAUUUACAUCUACAAGGUUUUGAAGCAGGUUCAUCCUGAUACUGGAAUUUCGAGCAAAGCUAUGAAUAUCAUGAACAGCUACGUCAAUGAUAUAUUUGAACGAAUUACGAUAGAAGCUUCGCACUUGGCUCAGUACAACAAACGAUCCACUAUUACCAGUAGGGAAAUACAAACGGCUGUUCGUCUACUUUUACCUGGAGAAUUGGCCAAACAUGCAGUGUCUGAGGGAACAAAAGCGGUCACCAAGUACACCAACUCUAGUGUUCAGUAAUUGUUGAAAAUAUGUUUUACUUGUAACAAGUUCAAAGAAUAAAGUUUAUAAA